GGCCCCGCUCGGCGUCCUCGCCAUGAAGCCGCCGCCUCGGGCUCGCCGCAGCCCUUUAAAUAGCGGCCGCCGCUGCCGCUCCCUUCGCUGCAGAGCGUCGCGUUGAGCUCGGCGCGCAUCCUCCCCGAGCAUCCCUGCUGCAGCGCUCCCGCUCGAUCCGUGGCGCUGGGGCCGGACCCCGCCUGCCUGCCCGCGAGCAAUCAUGUUUGAGAUUAAGAAGAUUUGCUGCAUUGGUGCUGGUUAUGUUGGUGGGCCAACCUGUAGUGUUAUUGCACAAAUGUGCCCCAGUAUCAAAGUUACUGUUGUGGAUGUCAAUGAGGCCAGAAUCAAUGCCUGGAAUUCAGACACACUCCCAAUCUACGAGCCAGGGUUACAAGAAGUAGUAGAAUCCUGUCGAGGAAAAAACCUCUUCUUUUCCACCAGUAUUGAUGAUGCCAUUAGAGAAGCUGAUCUUGUAUUUAUUUCUGUUAAUACACCAACAAAGACCUACGGAAUGGGAAAAGGCCGAGCAGCUGAUCUGAAAUACAUUGAAGCUUGUGCUAGAAGAAUUGUACAGAAUUCAAAUGGCUAUAAAAUUGUCACUGAGAAAAGCACAGUUCCAGUACGUGCUGCGGAGAGCAUUCGUCGAAUAUUUGAUGCUAAUACUAAGCCUAACUUGGAUUUGCAGGUGCUGUCUAACCCAGAGUUCCUUGCCGAAGGAACGGCCAUCAAGGACCUGAAGAACCCGGACCGAGUCCUCAUCGGUGGGGAUGACUCUCCAGAAGGACAGAAAGCUGUCCGUGCUCUGUGUGCUGUUUAUGAGCACUGGGUGCCCAAAGAAAAAAUCAUCACAACCAAUACAUGGUCAUCAGAACUUUCUAAACUGGCAGCUAACGCUUUCCUUGCCCAAAGAAUCAGCAGCAUUAACUCAAUCAGUGCUCUGUGUGAAGCUACAGGAGCAGAUGUUGAAGAAGUAGCAAGAGCUAUUGGAACAGACCAAAGAAUUGGAAGUAAAUUUCUCAAAGCCAGUGUUGGGUUUGGAGGUAGCUGUUUUCAGAAGGAUGUCUUGAAUUUAGUGUACCUCUGUGAGGCACUGAAUUUACCUGAGGUAGCUCGCUACUGGCAGCAGGUAAUAGACAUGAAUGAUUAUCAGAGAAGAAGAUUUGCUUCCCGCAUUAUUGACAGCUUGUUUAAUACUGUCACUGACAAGAAGAUUGCUAUUUUAGGGUUUGCUUUCAAAAAAGAUACUGGGGACACAAGGGAGUCAUCCAGUAUCUACAUUAGCAAGUAUUUAAUGGAUGAAGGAGCAAAGCUGCAUAUCUAUGACCCUAAAGUACCCAAGGAACAAAUCAUCUUUGAUCUCUCACAUCUGGGUGUCUCAGAAGAUAACCAAGUGUCUCGCUUGGUCACUAUCAGUAAAGAUCCCUAUGAAGCCUGUGAUGGAGCUCAUGCCCUUGUGAUUUGCACUGAAUGGGACAUGUUUAAGGAGUUGGAUUAUGAACGUAUUCAUAAGAAAAUGCUCAAGCCUGCAUUUAUCUUUGAUGGUAGGAGAGUUCUGGAUGAUCUUCACAACGAGCUACAAGUCAUUGGCUUCCAGAUUGAAACAAUUGGGAAGAAGGUGUCAGCCAAAAGAAUUCCUUUUGCUUCUUCAUGUGAAAUUCCUAAAUUCAGCCUGCAGGAUCCACCUGUCAAAAAGCCUAGAGUAUAAUGUGUAAUAGAUACUGAAGGAAUUUUUUUGAUCUUCCUAGUGAUAAUACUGUAAGCCUAUGCUUUUUUUAAGGAAAUAUAUUUUUCAUAAACUAAACCAGUUUUACACUAGAAAUUGUACCUGGUACAUGUGAAUUCAGUCUAUUUUCAAAUCUCUAUUUUUAUAGCAAUUUUUUUUGGUUACUGAAAAUGGUACAAACCUGUUUUUAAUAAAGAAUCAUCUUUUAAGUGAAAAGUUACCUUCAAACUGCAGAUCUCUACUUCCAGAAAUGUUCCUAAACUGCACUUUGAAUCAUCUUUUAAGUGAAAAGUUACCUUCAAACUGCAGAUCUCUACUUCCAGAAAUGUUCCUAAACUGCACUUUGAAUCAUCUUUUAAGUGAAAAGUUACCUUCAAACUGCAGAUCUCUACUUCCAGAAAUGUUCCUAAACUGCACUUUAAAUAUUUCAAAUUAUAUGAAAAAAAAAAUAGAAUAUCAUUUUACCUUAGUCCAGUUAUAGACUGUAAUCAGUCUGUCUAAACUGUGAUCUAUGGACUGGAACAUUGGUCUCACCAGUUUUUUUUCAUUUGGGGUGAUUCUUUGCCUGGGUAAAUGCGUGCUCCAACUGGCAUUGAAGUCAAAAGAUCAUUUCUAAGUAAAUUGGUAGGGUUUAGGUCCAGCCCUAAGGUAGAACUGACUUCAGAAAUAAUGCCCCAGUCCUGGUUGGGACCCACUGACACUGGUGCAGUCUAAACUUCAUCUUUUGGGAGACCACGCAGUUCUGCAGACAUCAGUCGUGCCAGUGGACAGCAGUUACAGACUGAUCCACUGGCAUAUCUUCAGUUUUCAUUCUUUGGUUGUCUUGCCUACAUUCCAUGUGCAACCACAUAUUUUUUUAUUUAAUCAGAUUCCUGGGGCAAGUAUUCCCUAAGUUACAGUGACACAACCUGUCUUCAGCAGAGGAGCAUUCUCCUUGUUUGAACAUUUGCAUUUUAGGAGAAUUACCUUAAUUUAAUGUCAGCCCAAGUAGAAAACAGAUAUUGGCUUUAAUGUUACCUGAUAGUUAUCUUUUUCCUUCAUGACAUACUCCAUCUGAAAGCAGUCUUUUUAAUGAAUCUGCAAAAAAUUAUUCUCUGCUGUGAAGAAAUUAUUAAAAAUAAAUUCAGCCCCAUAAAUCAGCUUCCUACCUCAUUUGAUUAGCAGGAAUGAAUACUUCCACUGUUCUCUUGAUAUUUUUGCCUUUACUGUUACUUUGUUUCUAUGUGUUUUUAUUCUCAAUUGGCCAGUGCUAUUAAAAUCCUUGAGAUGACA